GCUGUCAACGUCUACCUUUUCAGUCGUGGCCUGUCGUGGAUUUACGAUAUUUUCUGACUAGUAUAAUAUCUCGAAUUACUGUAUUAGAGUAGAUGUUUUAUAACACGCAACUUUUGAAGCUAUAUUUAUAUAUUUUUUGUAUAAACUUGUGUUCAUAAUGUAUAAAAUAAACGUGUUUCAUUUAUUAUUCGUCGCUGCAACAAUACAUGUAGCUGUUGCACUAAAAGAAGGUGAAUGUGAGGUUUGUGUGAAAACAAUUGAGAAAUUCGCAGCCACAUUAGAAGACAAAGUAAAGAAUGACCCCAAAUUAAUUGAGGCCCAAUUUAAAAAAUUCUGUAAAGGUUCAAAGAAUAAAGAAAACAGAUUCUGUUAUUACUUGGGUGGUUUGGAGGAAUCUGCAACCGGCAUACUAGGCGAGCUAUCCAAGCCACUGAGCUGGUCAAUGCCAGCAGAUAAAAUUUGUGAAAAAUUAAGGAAAAAGGACGCACAGAUUUGCGAUUUAAGAUUCGACAAACAAAUCGACCUGAACAAUGUUGAUUUGAAAAAACUGAAGGUACGCGAUCUGAAGAAGAUUCUGAAUGACUGGGACGAGGAUUGCGACGGCUGCAUCGAGAAGACAGAUUUUAUUAAGAGAAUAGAAGAAUUAAAACCCAAAUAUAUGGGUAGAUCUGACUUGUAAAAUAGUCUAAUUCAUUAGUAAAUUAUUCAUGUAACAAUGUGAUAUGAGCCUGAAGCACUGAAACGGGUGACAGGAGCAAUGGUUCGGUUCGUCCUAGUGAUCAAUGAAUUAAUUGAAUUAUGCAUUUGAACUUUAUGGGAGUGUAUUUGUGGUGAAUAAAUGAACAUCAAUGAGUAAAUUAUUGUAAUUAA